GCGAAAGACGGCGCUUCGUCCCAUAUAAUUUCUAGACAUUCUCUUCCCCCCAGAGUAGCCAAGGCACUUCACCCACGAGCCCUGGCCCACCAUAGCGGCUGACAGAGUCCGUCGACGCCGCCCUCGACGUCCCGGGCUCUUUGUUUUCUUUCUUCAGCACGUCUCCCGAUGCCAUGACCGUCUCUGUCGACCUGAACCGCCCGUUACCCCAUACCAUCUCAGCCAUGGCGCCCGAGUCUUUUCAGACGCGGCGGGCGCGUCCCACCCGGGUCAAGACCGACCUGGCAACCCAGACCCAGCUGGUUGCCAUGCCACCUUCAGCCAUCAGCAUAUCCUCCGCAUCGCCCGCCUCGCAACACGGCUCGCCCGCCCAGUCGGUCGAGACUAUCGGGACGGGCAUGACUACUGGCAGCUCUAUACAAGCUUCUCCCGAGGUAGCAGAGGGGUGCCUCGACAAGGAGAUUGACGAUCUCGAUCAGCUGGUCACGCCUUUCCAACUCCCCGAGUCCAUCAGCGUCAAGCAGCAGUCCGAGCCAGCCACUGCUUACAUGUCCAGGAGGACAAGCACUGCCUCGCUCAGCCAACCCAGCUUCAGGAGUUCCGGCACGACGGCUAUGGGCGAAGCCGUGAAGAUGAGCAUUGUCCGGCGAGCCUCGAAUACGGUUCGCAAGGCUGCUGGCUUGAUGAACAGGCGGCCAUCGUCAACUCACCCGAGGAGCCGGGAUGGGAGUGUCGGACCCAGCGUGAUUCGCCGGAGAGGAAGCAUGAGCAAUCCGACGACGCCCUACGAGAACAUUAGCACCUUUGAUAGCGACUCGGAGAACGAGGUUGCGUUUGCAGCCGAAGAUCGCGCGGGGGAUGACGCGACCCUCCCGGAAACGGGUUCCAUCCUCUCGUCGACUUCGUCCGAUGGCUUCGGCCUGAUCCCGCUGUCCCUCCGUCAAGGCAUGACCCUGACCAAGGUCUCCAAGAAGAAGAGCACGAAGAGGAUCACCUUGUAUCUCGAUCCCGAUACCGCUAAGAUCUGGUGGGACAGGAACAAAUACAUCUACAUUGACGACAUCAAAGAGAUCCGCACGGCCGAAGACAUCCGCCAGUAUCGCCUCGAUGCAGCGCUCCCGGAAAGCGUAGAAUCCCGAUUCUUCUCGCUCAUCUACACGCUUCCCGGAAAAUCUAACACGAAGCUCCUGCACCUCAUCGCCGAUAGCGACGAAUCGUUCCAGCAGUGGGUCGAGGCUCUCGAGACCAUCUCUAAGCAUCGGCAAGACUUUGCCACGAGCUUGAUGUCGUUCAACGACAAGGCCGUCCGCGCGUACUGGGGGAUGGAGAUGGAGAGACAGCUGGGAAAGGUGCGGUCGGCCGAGGACGAGCAUAUCGAUUUUGCCGGAGUUGAGCGCGUGUGCCGCAGCCUGCACAUCCACGUCUCAACUGAGGAGCUCCGCAGAAAGUUUGACAUGGCCAAAGGCAGGCGGAACAGCUCUGAUGAUCUGCCGUCGAGCGCCAAGCACAGCUCCCGACUCAACUUUGACGAGUUCCUCGAGUUUGUACGCCUCAUGAAGACGCGCAGUGACAUCCGAGCCGUCUACCAGGCCCACGCGAGCGAGCCCGCCGGCGGGAUGACGAGGGACGAGUUCUUCCAAUUUCUGCGCGAGGUGCAGCGCGAGGAUGUUGACGAGGACUUGGCCCAUUGGGAGUCCGUCUUUGCGCGGUUCGCCCGCAAGGGCAGGCCGAGGGACGCCGAAAAGCAGGGGAUCUUGGGCGAGGAAGGCCUGACCAUGUCCGAAACCGCAUUUGCUGGCUUCCUUACGUCCACCUCAAACGAGCCAAUUCCCAAAGAACCUCAGGACUACGUGCUAGACCGGCCCAUGAACGAGUAUUACAUUUCGAGCUCGCACAACACGUACCUGAUAGGCCGCCAGGUCGCCAGCAUCUCCAGCCACGAGGGCUACAUCUCGGCUCUGAUGCGGGGCUGCCGCUGUGUCGAGGUCGACUGCUGGGACGGCGAGGGGAACCAGCCCGUCGUGACGCACGGCCACACGCUGACGACGAGCAUCUCGUUCCUCGAAGUCAUCAAGACUAUCAACAAGUACGCAUUCGUGAAAUCGCGCUUUCCCUUGUGGAUUUCGCUCGAGGUGCGCUGCAAUCCCAUCACUCAGAUCAACAUGGCCAAGAUCAUGAUCGACGUCUUCGGCGACAAGCUUGUGCGCGCGCCCCUAGACCCGACUUCGGACCGCCUGCCGUCACCGUCGGAGCUGAUGGAGCGGAUUCUGAUCAAGGUGAAGAAGCCGGACGAGUCCAUGAGGGGCGCCGACCGACCCACCGGGCGCCGCCGUGGCAACAGCAUGCCGUCGCCGUAUCAGCGAGCGCUUGCGCUGGACAGCAUGCCCGUUCCGACUCCCUCGAGUCCCCUCCUCAGCCCGUCUCCAACCUCGAUGUCCAACAGGCAGAUUAACACCAUUGCCGAGGGCCUGGUCCACGAGCCGGUCAGCAGUAGCCCUAGCGAGUGCGACAGCGAAGGUGAAGCGGGAGCGGCCAAGAAGGCCAACAGCAAAAUUCAUCCCAUCCUCGGGGAGCUGGGCGUGUACUGCAUGGGGAUCCAUUUUGACGGUUUCGACAGCCCCGACGCCAAAAAGUUCAACCACAUCUUCUCGUUCAAGGAGAAGACGUUUGCUGAGAAGAACCAGCCGGGCGAGGCGAAGAGGGCGUUGUACCGCCACAACAUGCGCUACCUGAUGCGGGUCUACCCCAAUGGUGGCCGUAUUUCGUCGAGCAACUUUGAUCCCCUCAUCUAUUGGAAGCGCGGAGUCCAGAUGGCCGCCCUCAACUGGCAGACCUUUGACACGGGCAUGCAGCUGAACCAGGCCAUGUUCGACGGCGGCACGGCUCAUUCGGGCUACGUCCUCAAGCCACUUGAGGGGCGGCAGAUCCAGGUGAUGCCAAACCUGGCUCCCGACGAGUGCGUGGGCAAGCGCCCGCGGAAGAAGGUUGCCUUCGAGAUCGAGGUCAUCUCCGCGCAGCAGCUGAUGCGGCCCCAUAACCUGGGCGAGAAGCGCACGCUAGAUCCCUAUAUCGAAGUCGAGGUGCUAAUGGCGGACGACAAGCGGAACAAGGCGGAUGCGGCUGCCUAUGCCGCGGCUCAACAGACGCAGCUCAAGCAGCGCACCAAUAUCGUACGCGACAAUGGCUUUAACCCCGAGUUCAACCAGACGUGUACUUUCGACGUCACCACCAAGUACCCGGACCUGAUCUUCGUGCGAUUCAGCGUCAAGCUUGCUGACAGGGGCGGAUACAAUGACAAGGCGCCCUUCGCCACCUACACCGUUAAGCUCAGCAACCUCAAGCAGGGCUACCGCACGAUCCCGCUGUACAACCACAAGGGAGAGCGCUUUUUGUUUUCGACGCUCUUCUGCAGGAUCAAGAAAGGCCCGGUCACGGAUAUUAUGGUGUCGUACCAGGAAGAUGCACCCAGGAAUGGCGGCAACAAACUGAAAAACAUCGGCAGGAACGUCUUCGCCAACACGAGCCCUAAAUCGAGCAUGGACAGCAGCCGGACCACAUGACUUGUCUACUCUCGAGAUAUCUUUGUAGCAAUACUUUGGCUGCAAAGAAGGAAUGCCCCCCGGGCAUGCACCACCGCCUUCUU